UGAUUGUUAUGUCUUUACUCACUUUCCUGUUCUUCACUGGCUUGUCUCGGGUGAUACCCCAAUUGACCUCGCUGCUACCUCGCACUGCAUACUAUCUCUGGGGCGACGAGCGGGUAUUGAAUCACUGGAUGGACCAUGCGGCAGCCAGUGUGAGGGAGUUGUAGUGAUUGGCGGCAUGGACGUGGGUAUCCUUUACGUUGUCUGGACUGAGGCACAAGGGCAGCAUGACCUUGGCCUGUCAAGUCCUCCUCAAGAUUCGUUGUUCAACUUUUGUCCAAUUGUAUUAUGUCUCUCGUACAUACUUUAUUUCUCUUACCGCUUUCUUAUGGAUCUGAUCCUCCGCUCACGUACUUUAUUUUCUUGACACGCUGGAAUACUUGUACAAUGCCAAAUCGACGACGCACCUUCCACUGGUCCGCGGCAAGUCCGCGGUGAUGUCCGCUUAAUUAUUGCUGUGGCUGUCGGCAUCUCCUAAAAAAAAGUGUGCGAGUGCGCAUCACACAAAUUUCGAUCUGUUUCUCGGCAACGGGAGGGCCGCCUUGCAAGCGAUACAGUUAUCUAUCAACACAUCUCCCGCAUUCACAAC